UAUAAACUGGUCUACGCCUAUACUACACAUCUUACGCUUAAUAAAGCGAUCGUGUUUAUGGUCACAGCUGUGUCAUUGUUUCAUUCGCGCUUGGUUUAUAUUUUCUUUUUUAUUUUGUUUUCUUUAAAUUCUUUUAUAGAGUUUACUUAUUAUCUAAUAAAUGGAAAGAAAAAUUUUGCUCAUUGGUCUUGGAAAUCCUGGAUCUGUCGCUUCAAAAAGUCGACAUUCCGUAGGAAAGUUAAUGCUAUCGCUAUUCGCAGAAAAGAAUGAAAUUGGCCAAAAAUGGCCGGCAGAACACGACGGUUUUGUUUUAGUGCCAUCUACCGUUUACAUGAACGAAUCUGGGAAGUUCGUACAACGUGUUCGCCAAGAAAUUCUUCGAAAAUACUGCCAUAACGAUGAAGAGAAAUUGCUCUGUAUAGUCGUUCACGACGAUAUGGAAUCUCCGCUCGGAAAAGUUAAACUCAAACACGGCACUUCUCACCGGGGUCAUAAUGGAAUUAAAUCAUGUCAAGCUUUUCUCGGAAAUGAGGCUUUUUUUCGGAUAUCAAUUGGAAUUGGACGUUGUGAAUCACAUCUAUCAAAAGAUGUUUCCAAGUUUGUGUUGGGGAACUUUCAUCAAGCGGAAUUUGAGGUUCUUCGAACCACGGGGUUAGAUGCAUUUGCAAGCAGUUUGCAAAGUUUAAAAGAAACAACUUUUAAUUCUCCUUCAGACAUACUAAAAGCCGUGAAUAAAACAAAAGGAAAACAAAAAGUCCGUUCUCAACAAGUAUAA